CCAAGCUCAUCUCCUUCGCUCCCGCUCCGCUUCUAGGGUUAGAGUUUCGCCGGAAGAGGUGGAGGGGCGGGGAGGAUGGGGAGGGACGGGGCGCUGCGGUCGAGCCUGGUGGCGCUGUUGGCAGCGGUGCUCCUGGUCGGAGCCUGCACCUUCUCCUUCAAAAAGAUGAUGGGCACCUACUUCUUCGGCCUCCUGGGGAUCUCCGGGAUCCUCCUGCCCGACUGGGAGUUCUUCGAUCGGGACUUCUCGCGGUGGGUCACUCCGAUGCCGGCCCGGAGAAGGCCGCCGUCUGAUCGGGCACCCGAUGCUGGAAGAUUUAAAUUUCAUCAUCUCAGGGUUACUGUGAUAGCUACAAUUUAUGGCUUUGGCCUGUGGAAGUGGUGGAUGUUUGUAACCAGCUAGUUGGUUCAGCUUCUUCAGUGUCUCUUCAUGCAUUCUAACGCUGUAAACAUUACUGCCUUAUGCAACUUUUGGAAGUUUAUGGGGUGUAUUUAUGGCUAUAAUGUAUCUCUUUUCACUCAAACUUUUUCCAAGAAACUAUAAGUCUCUGUGGAUCAUAGAGAAACUACAAGUCUCUCCGGAUCAUACUGUGGUGAUUGUUUGUUGCUGUUUAUUCUUCUGUUUACUGCUUCAUUUUCUAUACCUACUUUCAACUUUGAAUGUUUUGGACAAGGGCUUCAUUAAUCUUGAUUGCAUUCUGAUGCAUCGGGAUUUGUA